AUACAUUUUUUUUAAUGCAAGGAAUUAGUUUAGAAUAGUUUUAAAGAGUAAAAAGAAUGGAGGUUAUACUAAGAUCCAUUUGUUAUCGUACUUUAAUGAUAAGGUGUGCACGAAAAUAUAAUAGUUUUAAUAAGAUCCUGACGUCUGAACAAGUAGAACAGUAUAGAGAAGAGGGGUACACAGUUGUAAAGAAUUUAUUAUCGGAGGAAGAACUGAAACAAACUCGAGUUGCUUUAGAUGAACUUAAAGAAAGAUCAGUAAAAUCGUUUCAAGCAGGUGUAAAAAGUGAUCUUUAUGAAGUUGAACAAGGUUCAGAUGGGAAACAAAUAUUAAAUCGUAUUAGAUUUCCGUGCGAAUUACAUGAAACAUUUUAUAAUCUACAACGACACGAUAAAAUUUUGGAUUGCGUUGAGGAUUUAAUUGGUCCAUCCUUUCGAUAUAUUGCACAAGACAAACUAAAUUUAAAACCUGCAUGCACUGGAGCUGCAGUUCGAUGGCAUCAAGACUGGGCUUUUUUCCCUCAUACAAAUGACAGUGUUCUUACGGCAAGCAUAUUGUUGCACGACACAACAAGAUCAAACGGAUGUCUUCAAAUUGUUCCUGGAACACACAAAGGACCAAUCCUCUCUCACUACUUCAACAAUACGUUUGCAAAUGUUAUAACUGAUAAAAAAUUUAAACCAAGCAAUGUAGUUUUCCUUGAAGCACCCGCUGGAAGUUUAACAUUACACAACGCCCGUGUGGUGCAUGGCUCUGCAAAAAAUACCUCAAACCAACCAAGAAGCACUUUGUGCUUUGUUUUUACUGCUAUGGAUGCAUGGCCUUUACUAGGUGUGGGAGGCAGAGAUUUUAUGAACAGUGGUCCGGUAGACUAUGACUUGUUCACUGCAACUCUUUUAAGGGGUAAUCCGUGCUUCACACCAAGAAUGGAAAAUAUUCCAGUCAGUCUUCCGAUUCCCUUUCACGCUACGUCGUCAGUGUUUAAAAUAGAGUUCGAAACUGCUGAUGAACCAGCUCCUUAAAUAAUAUAAUUACAUAAAAUCAACAUUAUUGAUAAUGUAGUGAAAUGAUAUAUAUAUAUAUAUAUAUAUAUAUAUAUAUAUAUAUAUAUAUAUAUAUAUAUAUAUAUAUAUAUAUAUAUAUAUAUAUAUAUAUAUAUAUAUAUAUAUAUAUAUAAACUAAUGCUAUGUAGUUUUGAAUAAGCUAAAGUUUAGCUUUUAAAUUUUUUUAAAAUCAAACAAAUAUAACUAA